AUGUCCGACGCGUCUGGGAGGGCUGGGCAGAAGCAGACCGAGAGCCGAGGGAUCGUGGACAGCCUGCAGAGGUUCUCCUCGCUCCCUGCCUACCUGCCCACGAGCCUGCGCAUCGCUGACGCGGAGGAAGCCUUCUUCCUUAAAGAGGCCAACCAGGACGUCACGAGGAACUCCAGUCUGCAGGCCCGGGUGGAGUCACUGUUCAUCUACCGGGCCCGGAGCCCCCCGACCGUCAACGCCAGCUAUGGCCCGUUUUCAGCGGAGAAGCCCAUCCCCCAGGACCUCUUGUUGACCUCCACAUCCUUCGGAAACACGGAGAAGUUUCCCUUCAACUGGAAGCUGAAAUCUCACAUCCUCGACAGCUCCGUCUACUCCAACAGGCCCAAGGUGCAGACGCUGUUCUACGUGACUGGGACGCACUGGGAUGACGGCGACCCCGAGGAAGACCUCCCGUGCGUCAAGAUGUUCGCCUUCCCCGAGGCCAGAGAGGUGGCGGCCAGCUGCCGGCUGCGAGGGGACCCGGGGCUGUGUGUGGCCGAGCUGGAGCUGCUUCCCGAGUGGUUCAGCUCCGGGCUGGACCUGGAGCCCGAGGAGGAGAUCCCUGCCCUGCUGGGUGGCACCGCCAUGGAGCUCUUCUUCUCGCUCUACCCGGCCGACCCGGCCGGCCAGUGCCUGCUGGCGGAGGACGGCAAGUGGGAGAACAACAUCCACUCCGGCCAGGACGGCCCCCAGCAGGCAUCUCCGGCCCGGGAGAGGAUCGGGAGUGUGGUGGUCUACCCGACUCAGGACGACCUCAAGUGGUCCCUGGUGAGCCUGGACGAGAACGUCGUCGUCUCGGUGCCCCUGAACCUCGUCCGGGAAGGGGACACGGCCACCUUUUUGGUCUCCCUGACCAGUGGCUCUGUGGCAGACCACUUCACUCUCAGAAUUAAGGCAGCAGCAGGGGUGAGGAUAACGGCCGUUCGAGUCACCAGCGAGCAGCAGUGGGCAGUCCAGGAGGAAAUAGACAGCAGUGGCUCUCAGACCACGGCCACGCUCACCUGCGUGGGCCACCACCCGGACCCGCAGAGCAGGACAAAUGGCUCCUUCUAUGAGAUCUUGCAAGUGGACUUUGGGGUCGACAACAGCAGCGGCCUGGCCGGGGCCCAGCCCAUCACCUGGCAGGUGGAAUACCCAGUGGAGGACUCCAUGAGCGAACUGGCCGUCUCCGAGAUCUUUGUCAGCCAGACAUCCUUCGUGGGCAUUGUCCCUCUUGCGAUGGAAUAACGAGUUCUGGGCUCUUUGGUUGCCACAGGACACGUUUUUAAGACUCUGUCAGUACCAUUAAAAACGUUGUCAUUUCAAACAGAGAGUUGGGUGGAUUUUUCAGCGUCCUCAGCGUGUAGGUCAGAACAAACGGUAAUCAAAGUUUCCAACCACUGUGACUCCAUUUUCGUGAACGGGAAGGAGGUGAGGAGCAAAGUGGACACGACCGUGAACUUCACCCACCAGCACUUCACGUCUCAGCUGGAAGUGACCGUGUGGGCGCCCAGGCUCCCCCUGCAGAUUGAGAUCUCGGACACGGAGCUGAGCCAGAUCAAGGGAUGGAGGGUCCCCGUGGCCUCCAACAGAAGGCCCACCCGGGAGAGUGAGGACGAGGAGGACGAGGAGAAGAAGGGGCGAGGCUGUUCCCUGCAGUACCAGCACGCCACGGUGCGUGUCCUCACCCAGUUUGUGGCCGAGGCGCCCGACUUGAGUCAGCUGAGCUACAUGCUGGGCCCCGACUGGCAGUUUGACAUCACUGACCUGGUGACGGAUUUCAUGAAGGUGGAGGAACCAAGGAUUGCGCAGCUGCAGGGCGGCAGGACCCUGGUGGGCCGGGAGCCGGGGAUAACCACCGUGCAGGUCCUCUCCCCGCUCUCUGACUCCAUCCUGGCCGAGAAGACGGUGAUCGUCCUGGAUGACCGCGUCACCAUCGCCGACCUGGGCGUGCAGCUGGUGGCUGGCUUGUCUCUUGCCCUGAAGCCUCACAGAACGGACAAAAGAGCCAUUGUCUCGAUGGUGGCUGCCCAGGACGUUCUCCGAGCCCCGCAGCAGGAAGCAAUAGUCAGUUCUUGGAUUUUGUUCAGUGAUGGUUCGGUGACACCAUUAGACAUUUAUGAUCCCAAGGAUUUUUCAGUUACUGUGUCCUCAUUGGAUGAAAUGGUGGUGUCUGUCCAGGCAAACCUUCAGUCCAAGUGGCCGGUUGUGGUUGCACAGGGUGAAGGGCAAGGUCCCUUGAUUAAAUUAGAGAUGAUGAUUAGCGAACCCUGUCAGAAGACCAAGAGGAAGAGUGUUCUUGCCGUGGGUAAAGGAAACGUCAAGGUCAAAUUUGAACCAAAUGUUGAUGAGCACCUAGGAGGCACCAACGUGGACAUCACCCUCCCGUCGGAGGAGUGCACAACCAUGAUAGACAGGGGGCUGCAGUUCGAGGAGAGGAACUUCCUUCUCAACGGCGGCUCCCAGAAGACUUUCCAUAGUCAACUACUCAGACCCUCUGACUAUGUCUAUGACAAAGACAUUAAAAGUGAGCCUAUAAACCCAUCGGGCCCAAAGAGGAAGAGAGUCAAGUUUACUUCCUACACCACCAUCCUCCCGGAGGACGGUGGCCCAUACACCAACUCCAUCCUGUUUGACAGUGAGGAUAACAUCAAGUGGGUCUGUCAGGACACCGGGCUGGGGGGCCCCCGGGACCUUAGAGACUAUAUGGAAAGGCUGCAAGACCAGAUGUGA